AUGGCUCAGAUGAGGUCGACUGUCCGAGCGCAGCUCCUCCUGGAGCAAACGUCCUGAAGUGCAGCUUGGGCUCAAAGCCGUGUACUGAUGGAAAAGAGUGCGUUUUGAUCAGCCACAUAUGUGACGGAGAACAUGACUGUAUGGAUGGAUCGGAUGAACAGGGAUGUGAUGCUGCAGACACUGCCACUCCCACUGUUGCAGAAGAUCUCCUCUUAAUUGAAUCUCCUGCACCCACCAAGCCAGCCUGCAUGAGUCCAUCAGUGCGUUGUCCAGGUUCUUCUCUAUGCAUCAGUCCAAAACAGCUUUGUGAUGGAAAGAGAGACUGCCCUGAUGGAUCUGAUGAGAACUGUGUGAAGAGAUGCCCGUACAGGACUGACUUCCGCUGCAAAGACCGGCGGCGCUGCGUCUCCAAAAGUCUGGUCUGUGACGGACGCCCUGACUGCCACGAUGGCUCCGAUGAGGUCGACUGUCCUCCUGCAGCUGGAGCAAACGUCCUGAAGUGCAGCUUUGGCUCAAAGCCGUGUGCUGAUGGAAAAGAUUGCGUUUUGAUCAGCCACAUAUGUGACGGAGAACAUGACUGUAUGGAUGGAUCGGAUGAACAGGGAUGUGAUGCUGCAGACACUGCCACUCCCACUGUUGCAGAAGAUCUCCUCUUAAAUGAAUCUCCUGCACCCACCAAGCCAGCCUGCAUGAGUCCAUCAGUGCUGUGUCCAGGUUCUUCUUUAUGCAUCAGUCCAAAACAGCUUUGUGAUGGAAAGAGAGACUGCCCUGAUGGAUCUGAUGAGAACUGUGUGAAGAGAUGCCCGUACAGGACUGACUUCCGCUGCAAGGACCGGCGUAGCUGCAUCUCCAAGAGUCUGGUCUGUGACGGACGCCCUGACUGCCACGAUGGCUCCGAUGAGGUCGACUGUCCGAGCGCAGCUCCUCCUGGCGCAAACGUCCUGAAGUGCAGCUUGGGCUCAAAGCCGUGUACUGAUGGAAAAGAGUGCGUUUUGUACAGCCACAUAUGUGACGGAGAACAUGACUGUAUGGAUGGAUCGGAUGAACAGGGAUGUGAUGCUGCAGACACUGCCACUCCCACUGUUGCAGAAGAUCUCCUCUCAAAUGAAUCUCCUGCACCAACCAAGCCAGCCUGCAUGAGUCCAUCAGUGCUGUGUCCAGGUUCUUCUCUCUGCAUCAGUCCAAAACAGCUUUGUGAUGGAAAGAGAGACUGCCCUGAUGGAUCUGAUGAGAACUGUGUGAACAGAUGCCGGUACAGGACUGACUUCCGCUGCAAGGACCGGCGUAGCUGUGUCUCCAAGAGUCUGGUCUGUGACGGACGCCCUGACUGCCACGAUGGCUCAGACGAGGUCGACUGUCCGAGCGCAGCUCCUCCUAGAGCAAUCGUCCUGAAGUGCAGCUUUGGUUCAAAGCCGUGUACUGAUGGAAAAGAGUGCGUUUUGUACAGCCACAUAUGUGAUGGAGAACAUGACUGUAUGGAUGGAUCGGAUGAACAGGGAUGUGAUGCUGCAGACACUGCCACUCCCACUGUUGCAGAAGAUCUCCUCUCAAAUGAAUCUCCUGCACCCACCAAGCCAGCCUGCAUGAGUCCAUCAGUGCGUUGUCCAGGUUCUUCUUUAUGCAUCAGUCCAAAACAGCUUUGUGAUGGAAAGAGAGACUGCCCUGAUGGAUCUGAUGAGAACUGUGUGAAGAGAUGCCCGUACAGGACUGACUUCCGCUGUAAAGACCGGCGGAGCUGCGUCUCCAGGAGUCUGGUCUGUGACGGACGCCCUGACUGCCACGAUGGCUCAGACGAGGUCGACUGUCCGAGCGCAGCUUCUCCUGGAGCAAACGUCCUGAAGUGCAGCUUGGGCUCAACGCCGUGUGCUGACGGAACAGAGUGCGUUUUGUACAGCCACAUAUGUGACAGAGAACAUGACUGUAUGGAUGGAUCGGAUGAACAAGGAUGUGAUGCUGCAGACACUGCCACUCCCACUGUUGCAGAAGAUCUCCUCUUAAAUGAAUCUCCUGCACCCACCAAGGCUGCCUGCAUGAGUCCAUCAGUGCUGUGUCCAGGUUCUUCUCUCUGCAUCAGUCCAAAACAGCUUUGUGAUGGAAAGAGAGACUGCCCUGAUGGAUCUGAUGAGAACUGUGUGAAGAGAUGCCCGUACAGGACUGACUUCCGCUGCAAGGACCGGCGUAGCUGCGUCUCCAAGAGUCUGGUCUGUGACGGACACCCUGACUGCCACGAUGGCUCAGACGAGGUCGACUGUACUCCUGCAGCUGGAGCAAACGUCCUGAAGUGCAGCUUUGGCUCAAAGCCGUGUGCUGAUGGAAAAGAGUGCGUUUUGUACAGCCACAUAUGUGACGGAGAACAUGACUGUAUGGAUGGAUCGGAUGAACAGGGAUGUGAUGCUGCAGACACUGCCACUCCCACUGUUGCAGAAGAUCUCCUCUUAAAUGAAUCUCCUGCACCCACCAAGCCAGCCUGCAUGAGUCCGUCAGUGCUGUGUCCAGGUUCUUCUUUAUGCAUCAGUCCAAAACAGCUUUGUGAUGGAAAGAGAGACUGCCCUGAUGGAUCUGAUGAGAACUGUGUCAACACAUGCCCGUACAGGACUGACUUCCGCUGCAAAGACCGCCGUCACUGUGUCUCCAAGAGUCUGGUCUGUGACGGACGCCCUGACUGCCACGAUGGCUCAGACGAGGUUGACUGUCCGACCACAGCUUCUCCUGGAGCAAACGUCCUGAAGUGCAGCUUGGGCUCAAAGCCGUGUACUGACGGAACAGAGUGCGUUUUGUACAGCCACAUAUGUGAUGGAGAACAUGACUGUAUGGAUGAAUCAGAUGAAAAGGAAUGUGAUAAUUCUCCAAUAGAGAAAAUGCCACCCACUAGCCAACCCCCUGUGCCGACCUGCAGCAGCCCCUCUGUGCUCUGUCCCCAUUCUGCUGCUCACCUCUGCAUUUCUCCGAGCCAAUUUUGUGAUGGACGUAAAGACUGUCCUGAUGGCUUUGAUGAAAAGUGCAUCAACAGAUGUCCCUCUCAAACUGACUUCCGCUGCAAAAACCGGCGGAGCUGCGUCUCCAGGAGUCUGGUCUGUGACGGACGCCCUGACUGCCACGAUGGCUCAGAUGAGGUCGACUGUCCUCCUGCAGCUGGAGCAAACGUCCUGAAGUGCAGCUUGGGCUCAAAGCCGUGUACUGACGGAACAGAGUGCGUUUUGUACAGCCACAUAUGUGACGGAGAACAUGACUGUAUGGAUGGAUCGGAUGAACAGGGAUGCCAAGAGAACUGCAAGCAAGGGGAGUUUCAGUGCUCACACGGCAAUAUGUGCAUCCCUGAGGCCCAGGUGUGUGACGGCAAGUGGCAGUGCAGCGACCGGUCCGAUGAACUAGACUGCUGGAAACCUACCAAGAGCUGCGAGCAUCGUUGCGCUGAUGGCAAACGCUGCAUCCCAAAGAAAUUCCUUUGCGAUGGCGAGAAAGAUUGUCUGGAUGGCACGGACGAGGUGGGCUGCGAUACUGUUCCUGCUGAAACGAGAGGGACUCCCGUUAUCACCGGCACGUCAACUUGCAUCAGUCCUUCAGUUCGCUGCCCAGAUUCCUCACAGUGUGUCUCUCCAACUCAGCUGUGUGAUGGGCAAAGAGACUGUCCUGAUGGAUUUGAUGAAACUGCCUGUAUUGUCCAAUGCACAAAUCCAGAUGACUUCUUAUGCAGCAACCGGAGGAUGUGCAUCACCAAGGUGGAGGUGUGUGACGGUCAUGCCCACUGUCCCGACGGCUCCGAUGAGGAGCAGUGUCGAACUACAGAUCUUGCAGCUCCCACCUCCGCCGAUGAGCUCGGUGCAAGUUCAGCUCCACUGAGGUGCCGCCAAGCCUUCAAGCCGUGUAAAGACGGCCUUGAGUGUGUCAUGUACACCCAUGUGUGUGACGGGGAGACGGACUGCCAGGAUGGUUCAGACGAAGAGGAGUGUGCCUCUGAGUGCAAAGCAGAUGAGUUCCGUUGUGCUCAUGGGAAAAGGUGCAUCCCCUCGGAGCAGGUGUGUGAUGGGCAGAGCGACUGUCAAGACCGCUCCGACGAAAUGGACUGUUCGCGUCUGACUGAUGGCUGCCAUCGGCUCUGUGACAACAACACUCGCUGUAUACCAGAGACCUUCCUGUGUGACGGCGAGAGAGACUGCGCUGAUGGGUCCGAUGAAGAAAAAUGUGGUGUGGUGGCCUGUGCGGUUGACCAGUACAGCUGUCUUAGCGGUCAGUGCGUGUCCGAUGCCCUGAGAUGUGAUGGAUACGCUGACUGCCGUGACCGCUCCGAUGAGGCGUAUUGCGCAAGACCCCCACAUUGCCCGACACAGCUCCGGUGCCCAGGCAGCCACCAGUGCCUAGAGAAAGAGUGGCUCUGUGACGGCGAAGACGACUGCAAAGACGGGUCGGAUGAGAAGAACUGCGUCUCGACGCCAGCAAAGUGCAGGGAACACCAGUGGCAGUGUGGAACCAGCAGUCAAUGCAUCCCUCUGUCAUGGAGGUGUGACGGGAGGAAGGAUUGCCACAACAGCGUGGACGAGGCCAACUGCAGCCAGAGAAACUGCGCCACUCAACUUUACAAGUGUGGCAGCGGUGAGUGUGUGGACACCAGCCUCGUGUGCAACCGCAUCACCAACUGUGCCGACGGCUCUGAUGAGGGAGAGGGAUGUGUUCAACGCAACUGCUCCAGUCAGUCAGCGCCGCAGUGUGACCACCACUGUGUCAGCACCCCAAAUGGACCGAGAUGUUACUGUGCUACAGGCUUCCAACUACGAACCAGUGCUAUGCUUUGUAUGGAUAUUGACGAGUGCAAUGCAGUGCCACAUGUCGUAUGCAAACACGGCUGCCGGAACACCCAUGGGUCCUACGUCUGUCACUGCUUCCCUGGUUUCUACAUGGAGCCUGACAACAAAAGCUGCAAGACCAAAGACGAGCCUUUGCUUCUGGCGUCGGUGCAGUUGGAGCUCCUGGUCCUGGGAGUCCAUAGCGGCUCCUUGCAUCUUCUGUCCUCUGCCAGUCGGCCGGUCUUCUCACUGGAUUAUCUCUGGGCUCAACAGAGAGUUUACUGGCUGAGCCCCGACUACCAGAGCAUCCGCUGGGCUGACAUGAAAAACUCAAACAGCAAAGGGACACUUAUCAAAGGAGUAAAGUCUGAUUUCAUCGCGGUGGACUGGGUUGGUCAGAACCUGUACUGGGUGGAUGGAUUGCUGGGUCAGAUUCUGGCUGUGAAGCUCAGUGAUACCACAGUGAAAUCUCAGGACUACACUGUGGUCCUGGGUGAAGAUCUGGAGCAGCCAACCGCAUUGGUCCUGCUGCCACAUAAAGGGUUGAUGCUUUGGGCUGAGAUCGGCGGCACCCCUCAGAUCGAGCGGUCUGGGAUGGACGGUUCAAAGAGGAAGGUGGUGGUGAGUCAAGGUUUGAGCUGGCCGGUCAGUCUGGCCUAUGACCUCCUGGACAACAGGGUGUACUGGGCCGAUGAGAAGCUGCGCUGCAUCGGCUCGGCCACUCUGGACGGAGAAAAUAUCAAGAUCCUCCAGCUCGUGGAAACACCAAGCCCCUUCUCCGUGGGAGUCUUCAAUGACCGAGUCUUCUGGUCCGACACGAAAAGAAGAACGAUCCGCUCGGCUGAAAAGAACACCGGCAAAGAUCAAAAGGUUCUUCUGAAGAGACCAGGGCAGCCGUUUGGACUGAAACUGAUGCAUACCAUUUCCCAGCCAGCCAUAUCCAACCCCUGUGCCCAGCUGCACUGCUCCCACCUCUGCCUCCUGGCCCCUGCGAUUAGUAGAAAGUCUGGAGCGUCGGGGCCUACGGCAAUUUGCCGUUGCCCAAAGGGUCUGCUGCUUUCCAAGGACAAGAUGACCUGCACUCUUCCGAAGGAGUCAACGUUCAUCCUGCUUCUGUCUCGUACCACAGUCUAUCAGAUUCACUUGCAGGCCAUGCAUAGUGAUGGCCUUGCGCUGAAGAAAAUGCCAAACGGCCGAGCUUUAGCCCUGCUUGGAGUGACUGAGGCCUCUGGGCUGGACAUGAGCCUCCGGGACCUUUCUCUGUAUGUGGCUGAUGCAGGACAACAAUCUGUGGAUGUUCUGAAACUGAGCAGCGCCCAGUCCAGACAGGGACCGACGCCUGCCGGCCAGAUCCUCAAGCUGAGCGAUGAUCAAGUCACAGCUCUGGCAGUUGACUGGGUGACCUCCAACCUCUACUGGAGCAGCGCAGCAAGGCCCAAUUUUCACGUGACCUCCCGUCGUGACGGCUACACCACCUUACUGCAGAAGGGAUCGCUGAAGUGCACAACAUCCAUCGCGCUGCAUCCUCCCUCGGGACAACUUUGUUACACGGGUAUAGUCGAGGCAGGUGGGAAGGACCAGACUGAGGUGGGCUGCGUCUGGAUGGAUGGACGCAACAAGGUAGUGUUGUGGAAGAAAUCGAGCAUCCCAACAUCACUACUCUUUUCCAAGCACGGAACCAGCAUCUACUGGGCUGACAUGGGUGAGAGUGUGAUCUCCUCUAUUGGAGUGGAUGGGACGGGAUAUAAACAAUACAAAACGGGGCCGGGUCUCACCACCUUCACACGUGUUGAGCACAUCCUCCUCUGGGUCACCGUGGACAAAGAUUUAACCAAACUGUGGUUCAGUGACGGUCUCCAGCCUAACCAGCUGUGGUUUGAGACCAAGAUCAGCGUGGUGCAAGUCCAAGCCUACAACAACGAGAGUCAGUCGGGAACUAAUGGCUGCUCCAUCAACAACGGUGGAUGUGUCCAGCUGUGCCUGCCUUACCCUCAAGGUCACACAUGUAAAUGCGGCCGAGGUUUCUACGCCGCCGAGGCCGCCUCCUGCACGCCGCUCCCCGACUGCCCGGCGGGCGAAGAAUCUUGCUUCGACGGUACCAAAUGUUUCAGCAGUAGCAAGUUCUGUGACGGCAAGGUGGACUGUCGAGACCGGUCGGAUGAACAGGACUGUCCAAGCACAAACUCUUCGUCUUUCUGGACCAAAUCCAGAGAUGGCCGCCCUCCCCAGUCUUCCGCCACUCCUCACCCAAACAAGGACGGAAAGAACUCCGUCCCCUCGGUUAAGAAAGCCUCUCCGUCCUGUGAUCUGCAACACUGCAGCGGUCGGGGCCGUUGCGUCACAGAAGGCCACGUCACUCACUGCGAGUGUGUGGCCGGCUACAAGGGGGCGUCGUGUCAGGAGGCGCAGCUGGGACACACCCACGUGGCGGUGAUCCUCGGCGUCUUCUGCCUCAUUGCUGCGUUGACGGCCGUCGCUUUGUUUUUGCUUAAAAGGAGGAUCUGGCCGUCCCUCGGAAGCGGAUCCACGGAGAAAGCAACUCUGAUGGAGAACAUGGAGCUGCCAUGUGAACAGUACGACUCAGACUGUGAGGAGCUGGACUCCCCAGUAGACGUGAAGAACCCCCCGUUGGCGUUGAAGGCCCUGCAGCUCAAAUAGAAGUUCUUCAAUAUGCAUUCACAAGUAUAUUCUGAGAAUGUAUUUCUCUGGUUGUCUUUUGGUGCAUUAAAGAUGGACAUGAACCCAAAAUCACA